AUGGCUUUGGAUGUCGGCGGUGAACUGGUUGCUACACAUGAACUUCUUAUGGACCUCACCGAUAAUUCAGGAACCCUGGGAUACCUUCAGCGAUUUUAUCACCUGAAGCUAGGCAGCAGCUCUCGUGAUCGGAGGCAUCUGCCAUCUAUGGUAGGGAAGAUCAAGGAGAUGCAGGCCUUCUUUGGCCUCAAGGAGACUGGACAUCUGGACCCCCAAACUCUUGCUGUGAUGAAAAAGGACAGAUGUGGCGUGCCUGAUGUGGAUAAUUUCAGUUUAUACCCCAACCGGCCAAAAUGGAAGAACCUGACCGUCACAUACAGGAUUGCAAAGUACACCUCAGACCUCAGGAAGGAGGAGGUGGAGAAUUCAUUACAUAUGGCGCUAAAAAUUUGGAGUGAUGCAGCACCCCUGAGGUUUGUCAGAGUAGAGAGUGGCAAAGCAGAUAUCAUCAUAUCCUUCGUUUCAAGAGGACAUGGAGACUUCUUUCCUUUUGAUGGACCAAAGGGAGUGUUAGCUCAUGCUUUUGAGCCAGGCACUGAUAUAGGAGGAGAUGUACAUUUUGAUGAUGAUGAAAUAUGGACCAUGGGAUACCAAAAACCAGUUGCUGCUUCUGUCCGUAAAGUACUCAAACUUGAUGGAUUACUGGGUUCCUUUUCAGGUUACAAUCUGUUUACUGUAGCAGCUCACGAGCUUGGUCACUCGCUGGGUCUAGCGCAUUCCAGAGACCCGUCUGCUCUAAUGUACCCAAACUACAAAUACUUUGAUGCUGCCAAGUACACACUGCCAAAAGAUGACACACUUGGUAUCCAGUCACUGUAUGGUAAGCACACAAAAACACAGGAAACUCGACCCAUCCCUAGGAGGUGCCAUCCCGAUUUCUCGGUUGAUGCUGUGGCAAUAGUCGGACAUGAGCUACUAUUCUUUAAAAACAGCUACGUGUGGCUUAGAAUGAUAUGGCGGUCAUAUUGGAACAGGCUGAAAGAGGGAUUCAUAAACACAUACCUGCCCAGUAUAACUUCACCUGUUGAUGCAGCUUAUAAUAUCCCUGCCAGAGGAGUGGCAUACAUCUUCACUGGUCCCAAAUAUUGGAUGGUCCAAAACUUGAAAAUGAAAAGCUAUUCUGGUUCCAUCUAUGAAUAUGGAUUCCCAUUGAUAGUGAAAGAAAUUGAUGCUGCUGUUCACAUCAGUGAAUACAGAAAAACAUACUUUUUCACUGGUGAUGUUUAUUACAGGUAUGAUGAGGCCAGAAGUAUGAUGGAUCGUGGAUUUCCACGGAAAAUCCAGACUGAUUGGCCAGGAAUUGUUGGGAGAGUUGAUGCAGCAUUUGAACUUGCUGGUACCGUUCACGUGUUUUCUGGAUCGAAGGCCUAUGGCUUUAAUUAUCGUCAAGGACGCGUUGUGUAUGUUGUGAGGGCGAAUGCUUGGCUCGGCUGUUAG